CUUCCCCUCAUGCCCGCAUAAGCGGCCCAACCGCCCGCGGUGCUCCUCAUUUGUAUCGGAUGCUUUUGGUGUUGGAUGUGACGACGCUCCUGCGCUCGGACUAACUUCGAACGGGUGAGUGAGCUGUUGAGGCCUUGCACCGAAGACGCGGAUUACGAUACCCUCUCAUUCCCCUUCGGAUUCUCGGGCUCUACGGGAUGUUAACAAGAUGGACCAUUUUAAGAGGCACUGAGUGAGCUCAGACAUGGAUGCAGCCGGCAAAGGACUGCACUGGGUCCUGGUGGUAUGGCUGACCCUCUCCUGCUGGCUGUCGGCCGAGACGCGGGCAGGUCCCGAAGGCUUCGUCCGAUGUCCCACGUUAUGUGUUUGCCAGGUGGUGAACCGUAGCAAACGAGUGACCUGUGAUCUUGGCGGUCUGUCUUCUAUUCCGACCUCUCAGAUGGACAAGGACAUCAGGGUGUUAGUCGUCACGGCACCUCCUGAACAUCCUAACGACCUUACAAUCGGCCGCUUCUUCAUGCAAUUCACGGACCUUGAAGAGAUUCGCAUCACUUACUCAAACGCACCUGCUAUCGGGGAGAGCUCAUUCUGGCCUGGUCGUAGGUUACAGAUCCUCGACUUAAGUCACAACAACAUCAGCCUGCUGAAGGACUCCGACUUCAAUGGACUUUCUCAUCUUCGGGUGCUCAACCUCAGUUACAACUGCAUUUCGACUGCUCCAUCGGCGCCCUUUCGCUACUUGAGUAACCUCACGAGCCUGUUUCUCGCUCAUAAUAAGUUGGAAACACUGGCGCCACGCUUCUUCUACAUGUUGAAGAGGCUUCAAAGGCUUGACCUAAGCGGAAACCCACUGCGAGUUAUCGACCCCGAGCACCUGAAAGACGUCCGUCCUCUGAGAGUCCUCAGUCUGGCACACUGUCACCUCAAGCGACUUCAUUCGCUCAUCUAUCAAAAGCUGUUAAACUUGGAGUCGCUUGAUCUUCAGGACAACCAAUUGGGCUCCCUCGCCCCGGAAGAAUUCCGUCAUCUGCGCAAUCUGCGUGUCCUUCGACUGGACGGGAACCAGCUGAAUGCUAUCUCAGAACGAGCCUUCGACGGUCACAACCUUGCAUUCCUUGGGCUUUCCCGUAACCACCUCACCCGCAUAGCUACAUGCUCAUUCUGUAACGCAUCCAUCGAGGAACUGGACCUCUCUAGGAAUCGCUUGCAAGUUGCCGAAGGUGACCCAUUUCGUCCGCUGGCUUCUUCGCUCGAUCGUCUCGACCUCAGUUCAAACCCGCUCUCAGGCGGUGCCAUUGCCGGACUUGUGCGCACACUCCAACGCCUAAGUGUUCUUAAGCUCGAAGGCCUUGGACUGCAGCAUAUACCACACGACGCAUUUAAAGAACUUAGAGGGUUACGUGUGUUGGUACUGCGCCAUAACCGACUAUCCAGCUUACCUCCUGGACUUCUUGAACCGCUUCGGGGACUGGAGUCUCUCGACCUGUCUUCCAACAGGUUUCGCGGUAUUCCAGAAAGCGAGCUUCGGCAGUUUGAAUCCUUACAAACCCUCUCGAGACUGGCACUACAUGACAACCCAUGGGUGUGUCAGGACUGUCACGUGCAAGAGUUCGCUCGAUGGCUCUCACGACAGCCACUGGACUGCGGGCCGUGUCCAACAUGUACCAGCCCGGCUCGCUUAUCCGGUCGACAGUUGUCAAGCUUGACGGAAGCGCUAGAUGCGUGCGACGAACCAGUGCUCCAGCAGAGAGUGUCUCGAACUGAAUCGCAGGUUGGCUUAAUAGUGGCCAUCAUCAUCAUCAUGGUGUUAGUGACAAUCAUCGUGGCCGCCAUAAUAGUGUACCGUAGGCAGGGGGCGGUGUACUACACGCACGAGGAUGAGAGGGGUUCCGUUCAGUAUGACGGAGGAAAAGACGUGAACGGGAAGCGUCCCUCCAUUGUGACUUCCCUGGACGACAUCAAAGAUUCCAAACAUGGCAGGGGCUGAAUGAAGAGGGAACAGGACCAAGUUUUCCAAACCCUAAUGAGAGUGACAUCUCGAGACUUCAAAACCUGAAGCUUACAUUCACUGGCGGCUUCCUCAUUCGAUGUGAGUUGAACGAGAGGCAUGUCAGCGUUGGACCAAAGAAACAUAUCAGUAUGAAACGCAUUGCUGAAGAAGCUGACAUGUGGACCCUUGUUACCACAAACACAGAAAACGCAGGGAAUAUAGAAAUGUAUGGAGCACCUUGGACAUUGAUGUGUAUCGGGCGUGUGGUAGGGCCGGAAUGUGCUGCUUCUCAUCGUGAAAUUAUUUCGGAGAAUAUAUGCAUGUGAAUGUGCUGCAAUCGUACUCAACUACAGCGUGCGUUUGUUGACAGCUAAUCAUCGAACGAGCUCGCAAACGAAUUCGACUGCGUUGUACAUAAACAUUAUUACUCACCUGCUGUGAGAUUACGUUGUAUUCCGAAGCUGCAAAAUAACCUAACAACUUACCUUGCAACUUGCUUCAAUAAUUUCAAUAAUGCUGCGCAGUAAGUACAGUAUUUCUCCUCCGUGCACACCGGCCGCAAUAUGUACAGAUGCUGGCUGGAGAGCACUCUUUAAUUGCCCUCGCUUUCACCUCUAUUGCUUCAUCUAACGGCCACCAAUGUGUGACGCCGGUUUAUAUCAUGUAAAGUCACAUGUACAUACAUUGGAAAGAGAUGUAAUGUUUGAAUGAUCGUACAGUGGUCAUACAUUUGCAAAUAUUAGAGCAUGGAUCUAGACUACCAUUAACUACCGAGACUGAGCCUCUGUUUCUUUGGAUGCCACAUUGGGCAGCGGUUACGUUAUUAGGUGUUUUAUCCAUAACAAACGAAGCGCCAGCCAUCAUUUCAGACCAAAUUUGAUGACCCGUAUGAUAGUAAAGUAUAUGCCAUGUAUUCGGGUUUAAAGCGCCGUCUCUAUAUAUGACUGAACUUAAGUGCAGCCAUGCAGCUUGUGUUUGGAGAUCGGACUAUGCUCAUUUUCUUACACUCGCAAUUGAACGCACCAUAAAUUACGACAAACGAAGUAAAAGAAUAUUAAAAGUAAAACAACGACGCUGACAUCUUCGGGUAGGGCUUCCGUUCCGAUUUACGCGCUUACCCACUGAAAGACCCAGAAGUGGGUUUAUGCAUUUAGCGCCAAGAGCAUUAAAUAGAGGAAGGAAAGCCACUUGGCGGAAUGCUGAGAUGCUAUCGAAACGACGGUAGAGGACUGCUUUCACAUUUCUGCUUUCUUGAUGUCGAAGGACUGGAGUGAGCCUACUUAUUUAGAUUAUAUCAUUUAAGUUUAGACGAGUGUGCAUAUUAUUCUGCUGUACAUAACGUGGAAUGUACGUUGAACACAAUAUUGUCCAAAAAGAUGUCUCCUUGUGCCCCAGAAAUCAGGGUCCCAAGCUGAGCUGCCGUACAUACCGAGUGCUCACACGAGCAACAUCUUCCAGAAUACUCCAGCAAAAGAUGUCAUAGCUUUCUGCUGCCAUAUGAGCGCAGGCGCUCAACGUCAUCCGUGCUCCUCUAGGCGUGUGAAAUCUCCCUCAGCCACGGCUCAUUGACUCAGUAUGACUCUACCACGACGCAAUAUGACUCAGCCACCAUACAUUCUGUAACACACGACAGGGCCGAUGGUGUCGUCUGCUAUUACGUGCGGAGUAUACCACUUGCCGAUAUUCAGGCGCCGUGCGAAUGCUCAACAUAAGACGCGACGGAACUUCCGCACCGCAAUCGGCUUGUUCUCCCACUGGAAUAUUUCAUGGGGAUGUUGCUCACAUGAAUACACGGUUAGCUACGUGUUCCUUCUCCUGGAUUCGUUUUUAUGUCGCCUGUGACGAAUCGCGCCAUGUUUGGCGUUUCCAUUUCUUUGUCUGAAAAGUAGAAAUAUCUGCCAUCCAUAUCACGUUAUUCUAGCUUCUGUUGCCGGGCAUUUAGCUUGCGCCAUUGCAACGCGAUUGUGCAUUUAAGGAUGCAUGUGAUGUAACGAUUUUUCGCUGAUUAUUAUUACGAGGGACCGACAACAAAAUGAUAAUUACUGUGUAAAGAACGUAGGGUUAAAGAACAGGGCCGUCGUGCCCAUGAAUUUUACCGACAUAGCCGAGCUGGCAUGCGCAUCCGCUGCUAGUUAGGAUUGAUAAUAAAAAAAAAAUGACCGAAAUAUGUAAUAAGCAAUAAUGUUAUUACUGCUGAGUCUUAUUAAAAGUGAUGCAGAGAUGUAUACUAGUAUACGAGAGACAUAGUAAUUUUUAUAAAUAAACUUUAU